AUGUUUGCACUUGCACUCAUCUUUGCACUUCACAGCUUCCGACCAGCUCCCUUCUUUGUGCUGGAUGAGGUGGAUGCUGCACUUGACAACACCAACAUCGGCAAGGUGACAGGGUUUAUCCGUGACCAGUGCCAGGAGGAUUUCCAAGUGAUCGUCAUUUCACUAAAGGAGGAAUUUUACUCCAGAGCAGACAUACUGCUGGGAGUCUACAGUGAGCCUGGAGAGACCACCUGCAGUCGUGUGCUGUCGUUGGACCUCACCCCCUACCCUGUGACUGAGGACAACAACUCUUCACAGAAGGACCCUGAAAUGUAGAGGA